GUUAUUGAAUUGGAUCAUCCCCAAAGCCGCACUAUUCAUUUGUUCCCACACGAUUAAUUUUCGGAAUCUUCGACUCAUAUAUACUCUGUUCCAACUCACACCUCCCACUUGACUCUCUCUGAGUUCCAAAUCGUCGGCAACAUUUCCGUCGGCCGAUCACCGGAACCCGACCCGUGAAAUCAUUGGACCAUCCAUCCACCACCAAGCAUGGAUGACCAUGGUGAUGCAUAUGUGCAACUAUUCAUGGAUGAGACCACCUUUUACAACCGCGUUGUGCUUGGGAGUUUCUUGCCAAUGAAACUGUGGGACCCACUACCCCACUUCAUCCAGACAUGGGUCCGCAACUACAUUGGUGGAACUUUAGUCUACCUGCUCUCUGGCUUCCUCUGGUGUUUCUACAUUUAUUAUCUCAAGCGCAAUGUUUUUGUUCCUAAAGAUGCCAUUCCAUCUAAUAAGGCCAUGCUCUUGCAAAUGUAUGUCGCCAUGAAAGCCAUGCCAUGGUACUGUGCUCUUCCAACUCUUUCUGAGUACAUGGUUGAAAAUGGCUGGACAAGAUGCUUUUCAAGAAUAAGUGAUGUAGGUUGGCCUGCCUACUUUGUUUAUUUAGCAAUUUAUCUUGUAAUUGUGGAAUUUGGAAUUUAUUGGAUGCAUAGGGAGCUGCACGACAUAAAACCUCUGUAUAAGUAUCUUCAUGCUACCCAUCAUAUCUACAACAAACAGAAUACUCUUUCUCCAUUUGCUGGUUUGGCCUUUCACCCACUUGACGGAAUAUUGCAGGCUGUACCACAUGUCAUAGCACUAUUUCUUGUACCAACCCAUUUUACAUCACACAUAGCAUUGCUAUUCCUCGAGGCUAUAUGGACAGCAAACAUUCAUGAUUGCAUACAUGCCAAAGCAUGGCCUGUCAUGGGUGCUGGCUACCACACCAUUCAUCAUACUACAUACCGUCAUAACUACGGCCAUUAUACUAUAUGGAUGGAUUGGAUGUUUGGCACUCUUCGUGAUCCGAAGGAUGAUGAAUCCAAGGUCAUGUGAUGCUCUUGCCUUUGUUCCUGAUUGGUCCUUCAGUUAUUCAACUUCAAAAUGUAUUCGGAUUGCUUUCUUGUAUGCUGUCUUUGUAUGUAAGUCAUGUUGGUUACUAGUUUCUCUUAUAUCCCAUAACUAGAGAAUAUUUGAGAUAUGUUUUUAUCUCAGGUAGAACUCAUUCUCACAAACCCAUGUACUCUUAAAAAAAUGGAGGUGUAGCAAUGGAUAAGCUAGGAUUGCUCUUAAAAUGUUA